UCAACCAGGAGGAAGAUCCCUCGAAAUCAUCGAGGCGGCUGGGAGCGGUCGGGCGCACCGUGAGGCUGGCGGUCCCGCAAGAGGACCAAGAGAUACCCGAAGCCUUUUGGGGGGGGUCCCACCCGGCUGCAGGUUGCUUACAAAAGGGAACACCCAUUUCUCCCUCAUUGAAACCACAAGAUUGGAUUUGUAUUCAGUUUUUCAAUCGUGACUAAAAGACACACUCAGUUAUGGACUGGGGAGCUCUACAAGCCAUUUUAGGAGGUGUAAACAAACACUCCACCAGCAUUGGGAAAAUCUGGCUCACUGUCCUGUUUAUUUUCCGUGUCAUGAUUCUUGUAGUUGCAGCGGAAAAUGUCUGGGGAGACGAGCAACAAGAUUUCUCUUGUAAUACCCUACAACCAGGAUGUAAAAAUGUCUGCUAUGACGAGCAUUUCCCACUUUCUCACAUUAGACUUUGGGCUCUCCAACUUAUCUUUGUCUCUACUCCUGCUCUGUUGGUGGCCAUGCACGUGGCAUUCAGAAGACAUAAGAAAAAACAGGAAUGCAGACUAAAGAAGAUGGACAUCGAAGAUCUCAAAAUGCAACGGUUUCAUAUCGAGGGUCCCCUGUGGUGGACAUACACUAGUAGCAUUUUUUUCCGAAUUAUCUUUGAAGUAGCCUUCAUAUAUAUAUUUUACUACAUAUACAGAGGCUAUCAAAUGCCUCGGGUAGUGAGAUGUACUGCUUUUCCUUGCCCAAAUACAGUCGACUGUUUUAUUUCCCGACCCACUGAAAAAACUGUAUUUACUGUUUUCAUGCUUGCGGUUUCCGGCGUUUGUAUGUUUUUAAAUGUGCUUGAAUUAUCUUAUUUAGUGAUAAAGUUUUGCACGAAGAAGUCAAGAAAUAUAAAUUCACUGCCUAUUCAUUAAAUGUGAAUAUUAUUGAUCUUUUAUUUUGUAUUAAUUGUAAACAUUAAUCAACAAUACUUCCAGUCAUCAUGAAAAUUGUAUGGAAUCUUACUUUAAUAGCCAUAAUUAUAUUGUUGGAAGAAAAGAAAAGCCAAAUUUUACUACUGAAAUUAUUCCAAGAAUGAUGCUUCUAAACAGCUAAUUAGCGUCUAAACAGCUAAUUUCUUUUUAAUGACUAGAUAAUAUUCUAAAUGCUUUUAAAUUAAUUGGCUGAUAUCCAUCUUCUAAAUUCAUUAUUUAAUACACCCCCACAAUCCUCAAACACAUCUAUAUGUGUCAGGAUCUUCCAAUAUUAAAUUUAUACAAAAGGCUUGGAUUUAAUUGUUAUUUUGGCUGGUUUAUUGGACUGUGAGAAUAUACUUAAUUCAUGACUUUUGAUGUAAUUUAUAGUUCUGUUUGUUAUACAUAUUGUUUGUUUAAUUGUUAAGAGUAUGAAUUGCUGUUUCAUAACCACUUCUCCAUUUAUUUCACUUAUAUUUCAUAAAUAUGAUUUCAAAAAAUCAUAUUUUUACUAUAUUGUUUACUCAUAACUAAAUUAUAUUUCCCAUACCUGGACAUUUGUUGUUACUGGAAAAAUUAAGUAAUACGAUGUAACCUAUAGUACUAUGCUUAAAAAAUAAAAAAUGGUGCCAAUUAAACUGUGAAA